AUGGGUGCAACUUCCGAAGGCUUCGGUCCUGGGACCAUCAAGGCGACAGGGAUUGCAUUGAUUGUACUCACUUCACUUGUGGUCCUAGUGCGAUUCAUUGGGUCCGUACGGCGACCGAAGGAGCUCAAGGCAGAAGACUAUCUUUUGGUUAUUGGGUAUAUCUUCUUUUUGGAGUUGAGUGUCCUGUACAUCUAUAUUGCCCCAGUGAUCUUUCGACUGGCGGCCCUCUCGGCCGGAACAAUCGCUCCUUAUGCAACUGUUAUGGAUGAUUCGGUGAAAUUACAGAUCGUUUUCUUUGUCACCACCUCUUCGUUAUGGAUUUGUUUGUGGAUGGUCAAAUUUUCGCUCCUUUCGAUGUAUAAACGGCUAUUGGUGGGGAAGCAGUACCUUCUCGCUUGGUGGGUAAUUGUGAUACUCUGCAUUUUGUUCCUCAUCGGCUGCAUUCUAUCAUCCUGGUUCUCCUGCGAGAGUUUCCAUGCUUGGUUCACGGCCGGGGAAUGUGGUACGGCGCGCGACCAUCGCGCCGCCCGGAUCAGUUUAUACUUCGCUUAUGCGGUGGAUAUCCUUACUGACCUGGCCAUUAUGGCUUUACCCCUGCGUCUCAUUUGGAACUUACGCAUGAAACCACGACAAAAGCUGAGUAUCGGAGGUUUAUUUUGCUUCGGUUGGGUCUGCAUCAUCGUCUCCACCAUUCGCGUUGUGAAGCUUGGCGAAGGCACAGCAACUGGUGUUCCAGCUCCCUCAUGGCUAGCCCUCUGGGCCACGAUUGAAGCGUCAAUUGCCGUCAUGAUCGGAUGUUGCCCGGGGCUUUAUCGCGUCAUGAAAACCGCCCUUUCACCCAGUAAACACUCCUACGACUACAACUCUUAUAACAUGCGUGGCCGUGGAGGUAGUGGCAUGCCGUCAAAUCGAUCGGGAACCAGAGGGGCGGAUAUUGCUCUCAAUAGUUUCGUGGGGAAAUCGGAUGACAUAUACCAGUCUGCGAGCGCAUACCGAUCCUCAAGCCCGGCCAGUAGUCAAGAAAAGUUGGCUCAGCCUAGCGAAAGAGGGAAUAUUAUGGUUAACUAUGGUGUUGCGGUGACGGUUGAGAAUCGACCAAGUGAUUAUAAUCGGCCACAGCAAUUUGUAUGA